AAAUUUACUUAUGUAGAAUCGAUUCGCAUUUUAAAUGUUUUCUACUUGUACAGCAAGUCGAAUAAACAAUAUUAAUAGGCAGCUGAUUUGAUAGACCUAACGUGAUCACGUCUCUUAGAGCUGUUCAGUGCACAACGCACAGUUUUCGUUGCUCAUUCUUGUAUAUCGGUUGUGCCUUCAGCCAUUUACUUUACCAUACAUAUCCAUUUGUACGAAGUUAGAUAAAUUUUGUUGUGUUGUUGUGCAUAAUGUUUCCAAUUGGAUUUAAUCACUCAAUUGAUAUAGAGGAGCCAGUGGUUAUUCCACCACCGCCAUCUCCUUUAGAUUUUAAAAAUAAAGUUAUAAUUAUCACUGGCGCUUGUUCUGGCAUUGGCGCCGCAGCCGCCAUGGAGUUUGCCAAAUGGGGCGGCCUACUCACUAUAGUCGGUCGCAACAAGGAGAGCUUACGUGCUGUUUCGGACAAGGUCAUUGAUGUACACGACCACUCACCAUUGACGGUGCAUGCAGACAUGAUCAAUGAAGAGGAGGUACGCCACAUUGUCGAUAAAACCAUAGCCACUUAUGGACGUAUCGAUGUGCUUGUUAAUAGCGCGUCCGUUAUUGAGAUUGGCAACAUUGAAACAACUACAAUUGCUCAGUACGAUCGCGUUAUGGAUGUAAAUAUGCGUGCAGUAUUUCAGCUAACAUCACUGGCUGUGCCGUAUCUAAUCGAGACGAAGGGAUGCAUUGUUAACGUAUCAAGCAUUAAUGGUUUGCGCUCAUUUCCCGGUGUGCUCGUCUAUAAUCUUUCUAAAGCGGCAUUGGACCAAUUCACACGUUGCGUAGCGCUUGAAUUGAGAGAUAAAGGUGUACGCUGUAACUCUGUUAAUCCGGUAGUCGAUGUUACGGAAAUUCAAAGAAGUGACGAUGAUAUGGAUGAUGAGGCCUACCAAAAGUGGUUAGAACAUUCUAAAACAACACACGAGAAUGGACGUGAGGGACUGGAAGAGGAAGUGGCUGGUGUGAUCGCAUUUUUGGCCAGUAAUAUGGCGAAUUUCAUAACUGGUGCCAGUUUACCAGUGGACGGUGGACGCCAUGCUAUGUGCCCGCGUUAAGCGUCCGUCUAGGAGCAGGAAUAUAUCCAUUCGUAUUAAGCAAACCGCAUUUGGCAUUGUGUACUAUUAAAUACCAUAAAGGUGCUGCAUGUUCUUAAAAUAUGCAUCACGAAUUGAGUUUUAUUAGAUAUGUAAGUGUUCCACACAUAAAGACAACUACACAUGUUAAACAUUUACAUCGUUAUAUUUCAUAAAACGUAAUAAUAAAUUUUAGUGUUAUAUUAUUUUCAAAAUA